AUGAGAAGUGACGCUGCUGCAAAGGACAUUGCCAAUACCCAAUCGCAAUCUUCUCGCCUAAGCCAAAGUCAAAUUCCGUCAUGGGACGAAGUGGGCUUGUUCUCACAAGGGACAAGAAAACGUAAUAGCAACUAUGGGACGAAGACCAAUAGGUCAAAUAAUAUCCAUUCUAGCAAUCCACAACCACAAUCACAACACAAUGGGUGUGGGUCUCGAAAGAGGAAACAAGACGAUAUCAAAGGCUUCCGUCACCCUGAAGAUCGGGUUAUUAAAAGUCCAAUCAAGUCUCAGAAAACAAACAAUAACGACAAAUCUUCUUUAGAUGACCAAGUAUCUACCUUUCGCAUGCCGGCAUUGUACAAAGAUGAUGAGAAGCUCAAGGAGCCAUCGUCAGAAGCGAAGCAGUUCAAGGAGCCUCGUUCGCAACCGAGUACGAGCGCAAUCAGUUCCUCGCUGCCGUCCAAGGAUAUUGUUUUUGAUGAAGAUUCACCGCUUAGCUCACCGAUCUCUGAGAUAUCCUUCUCUGGGAUUCAGGAAGAUGAAAUGCCAUUGAACGAGCAGCCAGUUCUGGAGGACGGUCUACCGCGCUGCCCCAAUUGUAAUGCGCUUGUAGAUGCAGAUAUACUCGAUGAAUUUCUGAUACAGCCUAAUCGACGGUUGAAAGAUGAACGUCGAUUUUGUGAAAGUCACAAAGCACACAAGGCUGAAAAGGAGUGGAGCGACAGGAAAUACCCGGAAAUCAACUGGGAGAAGUUUGAGCGACGAAUUCAAACACAUUUCACCGAACUCGAGAAACAACUGGUACCACAAAGUUCCUCUUUUUUUAGAGGUCGUCUUGAGAGUGCUAUGAAAUCAGGGCAGGCUAAGAAUUUCCGUUUGACGCUAGAGGGCGAUAAUCUUGAAUAUAUGUCGUGUGGCUACUACGGACCAAAGGGGGCGAGUAGAAUGCUGACUGCUGUAACUGCGAAAUUCUCUCGCCGACUACGCCAACUAGCAACCAUGGACAAUAUCCUCAAGACAGCCGGUCCGGCGGCCUAUUCUCAAGCAGUCCUCGUUCCUGAACUGACGGUACUGCUGAUCAAGGAAGACAUGAAAGUGGAUAGCCAAGAGGCCCGUGAAAUCCUCCGCGAUAGCAUGGAUGUUGGAAAUAGGCUUAAUGGGGCUGAAAACGACAUGAUUCAUGUUGAUCAAGACGAAACCAACACUAUUUGA